AUGUCCAGUCAGUCUUUUGAGCUCCUCACUCGUGUAGAGACCGGCAGCUACUCCGACGUACCCCUCCGAAGAACGCGGACUUCUCAAUCAGCCCCUUGUCAGGUCGCUCAGACUGUAGACUCUUCAUCAAGUUCGAGUCAUUUCACAACCUCUGAACGCUCGUCUCGAGACGAUUAUGGGCCUCCAAACUCCCUAGACACAUUUCACGAAAGCAGCCCGCUUCGACCUUCAGGGAUUCAAGUCAGGCUCGGUGACCAGACCUUCUUCAGAUUCAAAUCAAAGCCCGACAAGUCAACAGAUGAUCGACUCAACGAUUUCAUUCAUCGGGUAGAGCCACUGUUGCACGCCCGUCUGAAGAAGACUGGCGGCAGAAUCGAGCCGACGGCAUUUCAUACAAUGAACCUCGGGACUACGGAAGAGAACGCCUAUCAGCACGUCAUUGUGCUUUGCCCUUAUGAUCUGCGAGAGAUUGUCAAAAAGUUCUUUGAAAAGGACCGCGUGAUCAGAGAGCUACGCGAAAGUUUCGAUCAAGGGCAGCCAAUCAGUAUCAUCGUCGACGGUCGAAGAUCACGCCUCGUAGAAGACAGCUAA